UCAUUCCUGUUUUCUGUAGACAACACUUAACACUGAUACAACAGAUAUUAUAUCACUUUUGGUUUAUAGUCAUGUUUCUGUAAGUCAUCAUUCUCUAAAAUGGAGAUGUCACUCGGUGAAUUGACAAAAGAAGAAGAGAUUUUGUUUGACGAUGAUCAGGAACUGGAUGAAAAUUCGAGCCUGAGCAAAUUGGAGAUGAAAGAAGAUCUUCCGGAUGUUGGGACUCCGGAUGUGGAGGUGAGGAGCAUCGACGAAGCGACGCUCAACUCUGAUAUUAGGAGUUUGGAUGAAGAUACCAUAGAAGAUGCCCCUCAGGAUAAAAAUCCCAACUUGCAUCCGGACUCUAGGGAGCAAGUGGCGGAGGAAAACGGAGAGGUUGGUACCGAGACUUCUGCUGGCGAAGAUCGGAUUGAGAAAGAUGAAGAUGCAACCGAGGAAGGAAGACUUGAUCCCAAUGUUCAAGAUUCUGUGAUGAAAGAAGAGAAAAAGGAAGAAGAGGUGGAGAAAGAGGAGGAAGAUAUUCCUAAAAAAAUGGGAGAGAAUGAAGGAAAAAAAGAGGCAGAGGCAGAAGAAAAGAAAAAAGAAGAAGAACAGGUUGAAGAAAAAUCUGAUUCGGAUGCAAGUAAAGAAAGAGGAAGUAGCGUGAGCUUCCCAGCAAUCUUUUCAACAUCAUUACAAAGUAUCAGGUCAACUUUAACUCGGAAAUCUUUGUCAAAAGAAUCAUCUGUUCCUACUUCAAAUACAGAUGAUCUUGUGAACGAUACAAAAGAAGAAGAAAAGAAAAAUAAUGGAAAGAAAUCAAUGAAAGUUGAAAGGAGAAGUUUAUUGGGAAUGGCAAAACUGAGUGUAAAAGGUCUCAUUGAAUCUUCUCUCUCAGCCGGCCAUACAUUAGAUAGCGACCAUGUUCCACUUCAACAAUUCUUUGUUAUCAUUGAGUAUGUUCUACGGCAAGGCCUUAAAGCCCCAAAGAAUUUCUUCAUGCCCAACAAAUACUUCUGGCCACCUCUUGAAGCGAUCGAGAAAUUCAAUUCUGAAGCUUCGGAAAUAACCAGUAGUGUCCGUAGCUUGCCUGGCAUUCGCACACAUCUUGGCAAGGGUCGUGCAUGGUUAAGGCUUGCUCUCAUGCAGAAGAAACUUGCGGAUUAUUUCAAGAUUCUAAUUGAUAACAAGGCUAUUCUAAGCGAAUGGUAUGAUGACGGUGCGUUGAUAAUGAAUGACGAAGCUACAGUCCUUGCUGGUCAUCUCGUUGGAUUGAAUUGUAUCGACGCGAAUCUUUGCAUGAAAGGUGAUGACUUGGACAACCAGGAGAUGGUGAUAGAUUACAGUUUGUACAUGAAAGAUGGUAACCAUGGUAACCAUGGGAUGUUCAUGGAGGAUGAUAAUGUUGAAGAUGAAGAAUCACAGAUGCAGAAGUUGAUGGAUCAGAAGAAUUACCUGGAGGAGAGAAACAGGCACUUGGAAGAUGCAUCAGUUGACCUUCAGAAGAGGAGUGAUCAUUUGGAGGAAGAGAACAAAUCCAUGCUAUUGGAGGUUGAAGCUCUCAAGAUCCAGAUCACUGAGUUGAAGAACGAACGAGUGAAAAUGAUGGAUGAGAAGAAAGAUAUGACGGUCACACAUCAGAAAACUUUGGAGAUUCGUGAGAAAGAUUUAGACACCGAACGUGAAACGCUUCGUAAAUCGAAAGCUGGUUUGGACGAAAUGUACACGCAGAUACAAAAGCAACUAAAGCACGAAACACAGAUGAGAAUGGAAGUUGAAAAGGAAUUAGAACUUCAGAUGAGCCUCAAAAGUGAGCUGGAUGUUGCCAUGAAACUGUUGGAAAAAGAUAUUUUUGCCAAACAGGAUGGUUUAGUUACAUUACGCGAGCAACUGGAUAAUGUCAAAGCCAUCAACAUGGACGUAUACAAUAAGUUACAGGCAAAGUCGAUCUUGGAGGAAGAGAAAAACAAAACCAUUGCCAAGUUAGAAAACGAAACAAGAUCUUUGGCUAAAAAAGUUUCCACACUUCAACAACAGAUCGAGGAGGAGGAGAGAAAGACUCUCGUUGCCCGGGAACAAGCUGGGAGGUACAACCAACAACUCGAUGAUUCAGAAAACAAAAGAGGAGCUUUGGUAACGAACCUCCAAAUCGAGCGAGAGUGGCGUCAAAGUCUCGAGGAUCAAGUCGGGAAGUUGGAGCAAGAGAAGAUGCUUCUGGAGGAGAGGUUGUCAGUGAUGGAACAGAUGAGAGAGGAGUUGAGGUUGGUGACGACGGAUCGAGAUGAUCUUCGACAAACUUGUCACGAGCAGGAACUCACCAUCACCGACCUAGCAGGGCAUCUGGGGAGAUCUAAACAAGACUUGGGAGAUUUGAAAGAAGUUCAUAAAACUAUGACGUCGAGUCAGUGGGAAAGUGAUAGACAAGUCACGUCGUGUACUCAGUGCGAAAAAGCUUUCAAUUUAUCUCGAAGGAAGCAUCACUGUAGAAACUGUGGGUUAAUUUACUGCAACACAUGUAGUGACAACACCAUGCCUCUCGCAUCAUCUGCUAAACCUGUUAGAGUAUGUGAUACCUGUCAUACAACAUUACUUCAAAGGUUUUCAGCCAGCAAUUCUGCAGCUUGAUUUAUAAUUACUUUAUAAUGUGAUGAUUUUGACCAUGCAUUGCAUUUGUAGCAAUAAGAUUGGCGCCUAUGUUAGUUACCUUAUUCUAAGACCACGAAGCCAUGAAAGUAUCCCGUUCACUUAUUGCACUCAUUUACAUUAUUUCAAAUUCUCAUUAAGAAAUUUAUUUGGUUGAUAAUGUUUUCUAUGCCAUUUGGCUAGAAUAUGCUGUUUCAGAAUUUUGAUAAAUAUUCGAAGUUAACCAGAACAGUGUUCCGGUAGUUGUGAGAUAAUUUAAACCCAGACAACAAUAAAUUCAAUUGCUUUGUUAUCUAAAUUAAUUUAUAGUUCCAGAAGCUCUGGUCUUACAAAUCCAGCCAUUGCUAAUAUAUAGAUGUUGAAAAAUUAAGAUAUUCCAAUUUGGAAAGGUGUUAACGCUACUUUGUAUUGAAACUUAUUUUAUGUGCAAUCUUUUUCUUAUUUUGAUCUCAAAACUUGGUGUCCAUGAUUCAUACUAGAUUUACAUUACAACUAAUUUGUCAUUUCAUUUCUCUGAAUUCUUGAAAUUCAACAUUUCUGUUGCAGAUCGUAAUAAAUAUUUUUUCGUGAAAAU